UAGCACUUGGCAUCGCUACAAAAACUCAAAACUCAAGGUGUUUCCAAUCCAUUAGAGCAUAUGAACAAAGCCUGCUUCCAAAGCUAGCUUCCAUCUGGCAAUCCCAUUAACACCUGGGCACAGCUCUUCCCUGGAGCUUUGUGCAGAGAGUAUCUCCUCUCUAGGACUAUACAAGGACUGAACAAGAAGGAGAAGGACAGAGCAGAGCCAUGAACAUUGUCCUGGAAAUCCUGCUUCUGAUGACCAUCAUCUAAUACUACUUGGAGUCGUUGGUGAAGUUUUUCAUUCCUCGGAGGAGAAAAUCUGUGGCUGGGGAGAUUGUUCUCAUUACCGGAGCUGGGCACGGAAUAGGCAGGCAGACUGCCUAUGAGAUUGCUAAACGACAGAGCAGACUGGUUCUUUGGUAUAUUAAUAAGAAUUUGUCCCUUCCAAUUACAGCAUGGUGUGGAGGAAACCGCAGCUGGGUGCAGAAAACUAGGUGUCGCUGCGCAUGCGAUUGUGGUAGACUACAGCAACAGAGAAGAGAUCUGUAGCUCUGUAAAUCACGUGAAGAAAGAAGUGGGUGAUGUAAUAAUCGUGGUGAAUAAUGCUGGGACAGUAUAUCCAGCUGAUCUUCUCAGUACCAAGGAUGAAGAGAUUACCAAGACAUUUGAGGUCAACAUCCUAGGACAUUUUUGGAUCACAAAAGCACUUCUUCCAUCAAUGAUGGAGAGAAAUCAUGGCCACAUCGUCAUAGUGGCUUCAGUAUGCGGCCACAAAGUGAUUGCUUAUCUCAUCCCAUAUUGUUCCAGCAAAUUUGCUGCUGUUGGCUUUCACAGAGGUCUGGAAUCAGAACUUGAAGCCUUGGGAAAAACUGGUAUCAAAAUCUCAUGUCUCUGCCCAGUUUUUGUGAAUACUGGGUUCACCAAAAAUCCAAGCACAAGAUUAUAGCCUGUGUUGGAAACAGAUGAAGUUGCAAAAAGUCUGAUAGAUGGAAUACUUACCAAUAAGAAAAUGAUUUUUGUUCCAUCAUAUCUCAAUAUCUUUCUGAUGCUACAGAAGUUCCUUCCUGAACGUUUCUUAGCGAUUGUAAAUCGUAUGCAGAAUAUUCAAUUUAAAGGAGUGAUUGGCCACAAAGUCAAAAUGAAAUGAGUAAAUAAGCUCCAGCCAGAGAUGUAUGGGUGAUAAUGAUAUGAACCUAAGUUUAGAAUCAA